AUGCCCGCUUCCGAUAAAGAAAACGACGGCCAUGCGCACAUCGAACUCCCCGAGGGUAAUGAUGCGCCGUCUCCGCGCGUCGAUGGCGAGUCCAGCCCUGGCCUCAGGAAUAGCAAGGGCUGGGAUGGCAAGCUUCGCAUGCCCAAGUCGGCGUCUAUGGCCAAUCCAGAGGCUUUGACUGACUCUGAUUACUCGGAUGAAGAGAACGUUAUGAAGGGAGAGAAGAUUGACGCUGAUGAGGACCUUCUCGACGACGAAGACCCCGAGACCGACGAAAUUAUGUGUUCCCACUCUCGCAUCGGAUCGAUUUCCUCGUUACGCCUCGAGCGCUUCAAGAACGUCUCCCGAAUUUGUCUCCGCCAAAACAGUAUCGAGCAAAUCGAUGGCCUUUCUGCCCUUGCCGAGACCCUUGAAGACCUAGACCUCUACGACAACCUCAUCUCCCACAUCCGUGGCCUGGACGAGUUGACAAAUCUGACAAGCCUCGAUCUAAGCUUCAACAAGAUCAAGCAUAUUAAGCAUGUCAACCAUUUGACAAAACUCAAGGAACUGUACUUCGUCGCCAACAAGAUCAGUAAAAUCGAGGGGCUGGAGGGACUCGAUAAGUUGACGUCUCUCGAGCUUGGGUCGAACCGCAUUCGCGAAAUCAAGAACCUCGAUUCUCUGAAGGCGAUCGAGGAGCUUUGGCUGGCAAAGAACAAGAUUACUGAGCUUGCAGGUCUUGGUGGUAUGCCCAACCUGCGCCUCCUCAGUAUUCAGUCCAACCGUAUAAGUGAUUUGUCACCACUCAAGGAUGUUCCCACCCUCGAGGAGCUCUACAUCUCUCACAAUAUGCUGGAGUCUCUGGAGGGCCUGGAACACAACCCCAAGCUACACGUACUGGACAUCUCAAAUAACAAGAUCACCAGCAUUAAGGGUCUUGAGUUACUUUCUGAGCUGGAGGAGUUGUGGGCCAGUUACAACCUUAUCAGCGAUUACAAGGAGGUUGCCAAGUACCUUGCUGACAAGAAGAGCUUGACAACGGUGUACUUUGAAGGAAACCCGCUGCAACUGCAGGAGCCGGUGGCAUAUAGGAACAGAAUUCGAUUGACAUUACCACAGGUCAAACAGAUUGAUGCCACUUUUGUGAGAACAUAA